AGGUUCAUUUCCAAUAAAUUAUAGGCAGUUUGGAAGCACCAAUACUUGAUUCUCUUGUGUUAUGAGAUCAUUCUGAUCGAUAAGUAGUACAUACAUAUCGAAGGCGGAUCACCUGAUUGGCUAAAGCGGCGGGGGACCAGUGACGCAAGAGUGAAGCUGUUAAGCGCGGCAACCACGUAGGGAGAAGCUCAUCUCAUCCUGUCAUGCAACCCAUCCUCCCUUCUUUGGCCUCAGCUCCUUUCGGAGAAGGUUGAGUUAAUUGAGUCAUUGAUCCUCCCGCGGAACAAUUCGGGUAGUCUUCGGUGUACAUACUGGGACUUGAUAGUCCUUCGGUCAAUCAACACAAGAGGUAUUUCGUGGCAACGGCUGCCUAUCUGCCAUGUCCCAAGAGACCGAGCCCCUCCUUCCUCGCUAUGAGGAGGACACGACCCUUCAACAGCGACUGCAUCAAAAAUUGCAUUCGUUUCAGAUGCUACGUGCCCUUUCAGAGGGUUACUUGCCAUCUACCGACCAAGUCAUUAUUAAUCUCCGUACCUUGUUGGCCUCCGAUAUCCUGAACCCUCGUACCCAGGAUAUCGGCUCUGUCGGUCGCCAGCUCAUCCGAGACUGUCGUAUCUGGAUACAAGUCUUCAUCGAACUAUUGCGCGACAAAAAUAGUGAUGAUAAGCUGCAGGAAUUCUUGUGGCAUUUGUCCCGAUCUAGGGUAUCGCUUGAUCGUGGCCAGGUCGCACAACAUGCCUCUCAUGUGAAGGCUAGACAAGAUACUAAAGCCGCGUAUGAUAGUCUUCGCACUGUGGGAAGCCUUCUUUUGACUAAUGCCGACUUCCGUCUCUUUGUUGAUGACUUAACCACCGUUGGCCGUCAGAUAUUCUCUGACACGGCAUAUUUCCUGUCAGAUACUUCGAAACAAGUUGGGGAACAGAUCAAACCAUCACAAGAAGAAGUCGACGCGGUGCAGGGCGUAGGUGCAGAUGAAGGCCCGGCCCCAUCAAGCGAGGAGCUAUGCCAGGAGGUAGCUCAAGUUACAGAGGCGGCAGGUAAUGGAGCAGCUCGCAUUGGACAAGAGGCAAUCAAGAGCGCCAAAGAACAUCUGGGAGGCCAGGAAAAGGAUACAUUGCUCUACCGGUUGAAGCAAGCCGUCCUGAAACUGCGCGAACGAUCCGACUAUUCGGACUCGGUAGCCACCCUUGCUACACUGGUGCAGCGUUACGCGAAGACCUACGCCAAUGCAACUUCGGAUAUAAUCACAACGGCUGAAGAAGAGGUCGAGGUAAAUAGGGAUCUAAAGCAAGCGAUGCAGCAGUUCUGGACUUUGGUUCAGUCGCUGGGCGAUGCCGAGCAAUGGAAGAUCCUGGAACAAAGAUUCCAGCAAGUGUUGCAGCAUACUAGUAAAGACCCAGAAUUUGAGAGACUAAUGGGAGAGUUAGGGUCUUCAGUGCAGCAGAUGCUGACUGACCCAAGUUUCUUUGACUCUGCUUCAGAAAAACUCAGUGAGCUCGAGGAAAAAUCUAAGAAAGUCGGCACUGAGUCCAAUCUGCGGCAGGAUGUGGAGGCUUUUCUGGAACAGGCAAAACGGACUUUGCGUACAGUCCCUGAAGAUGCCGCAGUGACCAAAUUGAUAGAUGCAACCAACAAGCUAUACAAAGACGCAUGGGACGGCUACUAUGAGAGAAAAUGCGAAUUGCCCUCGGACAUCCUUGAAGUUUUCUUUCCUGUUCUUAUUCGAACCAUACAACACAUUCCGAUUCUGCGACUUGAGGUGAUGGCGCCUGAGCUUGACCUUCUAUUGGAGAACUUCAUCCUGGAGCCAGGCCACACGGUUAACUAUUCAUCAUUUCUCCCAUAUCGUCUGCAUAUCACCACACGGAAUGACAUCGACGUCUUAAAGAGGCAUUCAAAGAGAACCACGGCUGAUCUCAAGACCACAUUUACUGCCACAGUCAUGGGACUCAACGUGAGUGCUUCAGAAUUCGGAUAUUGGCUCCGCACCCACUCAGGCCUGUUCCGUUUCCAUGAUGAGGGUAUCGCCAGUUUUUAUCUAGAUAAGCGGGGCGUUGAUAUCUCCUUGGAUAUCGAAGUGGGUCGGGAGCGUCUGGAGCAAAUCUUUACGCUUCGCGGCGUGCGGGUGGUUAUACACAAGCUCGACUACAAGGUGCAUCGCAGCAAGUGGAAGUACCUUUUAUGGUUGACCAAGCCAUUCCUGAAGCAUAUGCUCCGUCGAGUCUUGGAGAAGAAGAUCGCAGAACGAAUCGUUGCGGCCGCUUUUGCACUUAACCGGGAGCUCGUGUUUGCACGGGAGCGUUUGCGAGCUGCACGCAUUGCCAAUCCCCAAGAUCUGGCGACCUUUGUGCGGGCGGUGUUGGCACGAUUGCAACCAGUCUCAGACGUUGAGACUCGUAUCGGCUUUGAUGCACCUGGAAAAGGUAUCUUCAAGGGCGUUUAUGCCCCUGGAAGUCUUACGAAAGUUUGGCACGAGGAAGCACUGAGAGCUCAAGAAGCCAUUGAAGAAGGAGAUGAGAGCUAUGGUCUGAGAAGAACAUGGCGAAACGACAUUUUUAACGUUCCGACACGUAGCUACUAAUGAUUGACGGAUGCUUCGCUUUUUGCUUAUUACUUGAGGUUUCUUCUCAUCCACUGGCAUCUCCCACACUUAUCUUUGCAUAUUCCCUAGGGAGAUGUCUGCUUUAAUAAGUCUAUGUACACGCUGGACGAUCCUAUUAGUUACUUACGCUAUGCGACAUGUGUAAUCGCCAUCGACUCCAUUCACUCCUUUACUGCCAUGCAUGCCUCAACUGUCCACAUAUUACGGGCCAUAAUGAAGUGCACAAUACAAUUAUUUAGCAGAUAUCUCCAAAGAAUAUUUUGUCGUAUAGUGCUGCCUAGCUGUUGCUUCCAAUAAAAAAAAGGGGAUAAUUGUAUAAUCACACGUG